AUAUGUAUGCGUGCCGUGUUUUUAUGCGGUUUUUAUGCGUGUGGUGUCACUGACUCCGCCGCCUUGCGUUCGCGAUUAAUCACGUCGAAUCACGUUCAUACGAACGCCGCACAGCGCGCAGCGGUGCCUUCGGCUGGGUGAUGUUUAUUUAUGCGCGUACGUCGCGCACAUCGGGCGUGUGACUGUGUGCGCUGUGUGUAGGAAUUGUCGCUGGCGCUGAGCGUGCAACGGUGUGACGACGAGAGCGAUAAACAAUGUCGCAGGCGGUGCUGGACGCUGCGGACGCUACCAUGUCGAGACUGCUGCGGCUCGCACAGAAAUUCAACUGUUUUUAUUUAUCCGGGUUCACGAGUGGAGAAUGCAAGCCAUUCAUUGUUGAAGGCUUCCAAGUUGGUCUGGUGCGGCCUGAUGUGAUGAAACAGCUACUGCGAUAUCCUGAGGUAUUUUGCGUGUCAUCCGGUUCGGUAGAGCUAAAUCCGGCCUUCAGAGAUUAUGAGGAGCGUUCUAAUAAAAUUAAUGAGGUGCUCAAGGAGUUGCGAUCCGAAAAUACAUUCAUCGCGUUGAAAGGAUGGCGAGAUGAGUGUUACGAAGUACGAACCGAAUUCAACGCGGCCAGUUUGCUGCGAUUGGAUCGUUCGGCUACGUGCCUGUUUGGUAUUCGCAAUUAUGGCGUCGAUAUCAACGGCUACGUGAAACACCCGACGAUGGGCUUGUGUUUAUGGUUACAACAGAGAUCGGCAACCAAACAAACAUGGCCCGGCAAAUGGGAUAACAUGGUCGGUGGCGGAUUAUCCGUGGGUCAUGGGAUUUUAGAAACGGCGCACAAAGAGGCGAUGGAGGAGGCCUCGAUUCCUUCAGAUUUAAUGCAGAAUCUAAUUAGUGCCGGCUGUGUUUCGUUUUAUUUCGAGUCGGAGCGCGGCCUAUUCCCCAACACCGAGUUCGUGUUCGAUCUGGAACUUCCGCUGGAUUUUGUGCCCAAGAAUCAAGAUGGCGAGGUGCAGCAGUUCGAGCUGCUGCCGGUAGGGCAAUGUUUGGAGCGGAUUUUUCUCUCCGACUAUAAGACCACCAGUAUUCCGGUCACCUUAGACUUUUUAAUCAGGCAUGGGCUAGUUUCACCAGAAAAUGAGCCGUACUAUACUAGAAUCAUAGAAUUACUCCACGUGCCGUUGCAAAAGAUCUACAGCAAUGCGAAGACAACUGUCCACAAACAAAACGGACAGAGCAUUAUCGAGAACAACGUCGCGUCGUAGAUAACCCGCGGUGGCGUGGAUAAUAAGAUGGCGCUGCGUUGCGACUCAAAUUAGGCAAACUUUUAAACAAAACUUUCAACUUGUAGAAUUAUACAAUACGUAUUCGUACCGCAUAUGUGUGUAACCGGAAGCGAGACAACAUGGCGCCUUAAUUUUUCAACAUUUUUACCGAGAAAAUCUAGCGAAGCAUUCGGAAAUUCUAUACGUUUCUGGAUGCGUGUUUUAAUAGUCGAUCGUAGCAAACAAAAGAUAAGAGUUUUUGCAGUAGCAUUCAUAGGCCUAACACACACACACAAUUACUAUUUACACACAUCAUGAUUUCGAUUGAUGAUUUGGCUGUGAAUUUGCAAUUUCACUGAUUUUCAAUGAUUUCCUGCUUUAAAACGAAUUCAAAACAUGUUUUUGGCAAGGCAUUUUUUUUAUACUUAAGUAGUACUUAGAAAUAUAUUAUAGAAACCGGUUUUACUCCAUCGUAUUGAUACUUAAUUAGGUAGAAUUUUGAUUAUGUGCCCUAGUCUAUUUUGUUUUGUCGUGGCAUUUUAGCGCGCGAAGGCUGAACACGAUGCGGAACACAUUGAUGAUGUAAAUAUUCGGCUUGUAUUCUAGUCUCGCCGUCGAUAUAUACACGUCGGUUUUGCUCUAGGAGUCGCUUUUAAGAUGGUUACAUUCAGAACAAACAACAAUCACAAUCAAUACAAAAAACUAAACUGAUUUGUUGCUUGUUUAUGAUUGAAUUUGACACAUAUUAAAUCAGGCUUUGUUUGGUUUAGAUGAAUAAGGGGUUUAAUUUUACAAACGUUUAAAUAUUAAUUGAUUAUAAACCCCUUGAGGAAAUAAAACGCGUUCUAAUCA